CAUUUUAAUAAUCUCCAGCGAAUUCUUCAAUUAUAUUUCCUCCUUUACUGACCAUUGCGCGGUCAGAUUUGAGUCGUUUUAUUUUCGUCUUUUUGUCUCAUUAUCUGUCUCCCUCAUCGCUCGCGCAUCUAUUGCGGCCUUCGAGGCUUUUUAAUAUUUUCUCUAUUCCUGCCAUUGUAUCCGCGACAAAAAGCGAUAUUAGGCGUCAAAAUGCCUGCGAGAACGCUCCCUACAAUCCUGCGACAGGACGUCGAGUCGCAUAACACCGCUCAGUCAUGCUACGUUACCUGCGGGACUAAAGUCUAUGAUGUAACUUCAUUCUUAAACGACCAUCCCGGAGGUGGAGAUCUGAUAUUGGAGUUCGCUGGGAAAGACGUCACGGACAUUAUGGCGGACGAAAUCUCUCACACGCAUUCAGAGGCUGCUUAUGAAAUCUUGGAUGACUGCCUGGUCGGUUUCAUGCCUACGGAACCCGUUCUAGACUCAGCUGCCAAGAGUACUCGGCCCGACGAAAUCGUACCCCUUCCGCCAUCCAAAGCCGGCAUGCAAGAAUUGAAGAGCAAUGGAGCAGCAGAUGGGCUUAGCACUGCACGGGAACCUUUGUAUGCUGCUACGGGGAUGUCUACGGCUGAGGACUUGUCGAAAGACACCGACUAUGAGAAUGACUUUCGCCAGCACAAGUUCCUGGAUCUCAAUCAACCCCUGAUGAAGCAAGUCUUUUUCGGCGGAUUCAGCAAGGCGUUCUACCUGGAGCAAGUUCACAGGCCUCGACACUACAAGGGUGGAGCAUCUGCGCCGCUGUUUGGUAACUUUCUUGAGCCGCUUAGCAAAACCCCUUGGUGGGUAGUGCCCUUGGUCUGGGUACCUCCGGUCAUUUACGGUACCCUCCUUUCGGCUGCAAACCUUUCCAGUCCCUUGGAGGCUGCCCUUUACUGGACCUCUGGUCUCUGUUUGUGGACGUUGGUCGAAUAUCUCAUGCAUAGAUUUCUCUUUCAUUUGGACGACCAUCUACCGGACAACAGGUUUUUUAUAACACUGCAUUUUACCCUCCACGGUAUUCAUCACUAUCUUCCCAUGGACAGGUAUCGCCUGGUGAUGCCACCGACAUUGUUCCUCGCACUUGCAACUCCUUUCUGGAAGCUAGCCCACGCUGUUUUCUUCUACAACUGGUAUGCCGCUACUGCAGUGUACUGUGGCGGUAUUUUCGGAUACAUUUGUUACGACCUUACCCACUAUUUCCUUCACCACCGGACACUCCCGGCUUACUAUCGCGAGUUGAAGAAGUAUCACCUUGCUCACCACUUUGCUGACUAUCAGCUUGGGUUCGGCGUAACUAGCAAAUUUUGGGACAGGAUCUUUGGCACGGAGCUGUCCGUUGGAGGCACAAAGACCAUGAAAAGUCAAUAAUUUUAUACCAGCUGGCUGGUAGAGGUUCAAGGUGGCUUUUGAAAAUGGCGUUUAUUGGAACGAUGCUCCCCCGGACAGUUGGAGCAUAGAAUUGUGUACUCAAUUGAGAAAAACCAGCAUUCAUCUCAAAUUUUUAUUUUUUCCUUUUCUGGUUUUGCUUUUUUCCGUUACCAACGCGUCAUGGCUGUCAACUGGUUGACAUUUAAUUAGGGAAGCAAGAUGUGACAUGUAUGCUAACUUAAGCUACUAUUCAUUAAUAUUAAUUGCAGUGCAGAUACCCAUGUACUGGC